AUGGGAGUCACGAGAAAGUCGGAAGCACCGAACGAGGCGGAGCUGCCUUUGCUCGCGUCGGAGCAAGUGGAGAAGCAUUCUCACGCGGACAAGAAGUCCAAAAGAGGCGGGUCCCGAUGGUUGACAACGUCAACAAGAAGAGUCGCAUGCGCUCUAGCAUCACUGGCUUGUGUGGCUCUGGUGUAUCUUUGCGCAGCAAGAACUGAUCAGCUGCGCCUCGGACUCUACGACACUGACCGACUGAAUGCGAGUGGCGAAGAGGCUGCUCUGAAGUUGCUAAAGGGUGGGAGGUUGCAACAUACCGAGGGAUCAGCACGAAAUCAAGCAAGCGAAAGAAUCUUUUUUGGAAUCGGCAAGGCAGACAUCACAGGUGAACAGAGGCGUGAUUUGAGAUCCAGAAAUCUCGAACUCACGGCUGCACUUCUCACCUUUUCCCGCAGGGCCCAUCGUCGAGACAAACAUGAUGGGGUAUGCUUCCUCGUCGCAGACCAACACGGGCCUAGCAUACAGGCAGUACUCUCGAGCAUUUGUGCUAGGGAAUUUCGGUGACGAUGACAGCGUCGCGUUUCAGACCGGAUCGGUAUACACCACCACGCACGAUCUGCUGCGACGUGUGCGAAGGGCGCUAUUCGCUUGGGGCCUUUUCUCUCAUCCGAGUGCGGGCGAGCAGGAUCCAAACGAUGGAAAGAAGCAGCGAUGGGUGAUUGUGAACUCGGACCUGUGCAUGGGAGAUACGGGCAUCAGACGAGCUGUCGUCGAGAAGCUUAGGGAGGUCUUACCAGAUGUCUAUGGGGAAAGAAACUUUGCCUGGACUGGGACGCACAGGUGAGCUGAAUCUGCUUGUCACGCAAUCUCGCUAGCUGACGCCCCGUCUCAUCAGUCACUCUGGUGCUGGAGGAUUUAUCAAUGCGCUCAUCGUACAGACCUCCUCGCUGGGCAUCGUCCAACAAAAUUUCGAUGCCAUCGUCGAAGGCACCGUUCGUUCCAUCCUGCUCGCUCACGACGACUACGAGAAGCGCGUCGCGCGGACCAUGGUCUUGUCUCGAGACCUCGUGUCCGCAAAUACGCAGCCCUUGGACACGUCGGCCUGGCCUUCGAUUCGAUUUGGCAAUACAACGCUACGCAAUGCGCACAUAAAUCGUAGUGCUAGUGCAUACCUUCGAAAUCCGCUCGAGGAGCGUCAGCUGUACGACAGCGACACCGACGAUGAAUUUGCUUUGCUGGAAUUUGUCGAUGCGUCCGCAAAAGAAGCGCCAGGAAACACCGGCUUGCUCUCAGUCUACGCUGUGCACGGCACGUCCCUCUACGAAAACAACACGCUGACGUCCGGGGACAAUAAGGGCCUCGCAGCUCUGCAGCUGGAACUUGACCCUACGCUUGCCUCGCGCCAAGGCAGUUUCAUCGCUGGCAUUGCGCAAGGAAGCGUGGGCGACACUACACCGAACACUGGAGGUGCAUACUGCGAUGCAACCGGCGAGCUGUGCGAUUUCGAAAGGUCUACCUGUCCGAACAAGAGGGGCAAGGAGAGAAGCCAAACUUGUAGAGGUAGGCCGCCUACUUGGGGAGACUUGGAUCUCCUCAACGAGAGCAUGACCGGUGGUUGGGAUUGGAGUGGGAAUCAAGUCGUUGCCGGACUGCAACGAGACUCUGCGAUGCAGGUUCUUGGAUUGCACAGCUCUCACGAUGACGGCCGGCAGAUACGUUCGCACGCCGAAGCGAAGUCUUUGGAACUCAAAGACAAUCCUAUAAGCGGAGAAGUCAGGUCUGUCAAAUGGAAUGUAGCCCUCGGUGGUGCCGACGGCUUUAGCUUUGUCUUACCAAAUGGGACGCGGGUCAGGACCUGCCCGGCAGCGCUUGGCUAUGGUUUUGCUGGCGGUACGACGGAUGGGUGGGUCGCACAAAAAGUGGCGCGCUAUGAAACCUGCUCACCUCUACAUGCAUCUUGUCCUCAGGCCCGGUCCAUUCGACUUUACACAAGGCACCAACGACACGACGCCCACGAACCCUCUUUGGGCCGCCAUAAGAACGCUGGUGAUGCGUCCUGGCAAGGAACAGGUUGCUUGCCAAAGUCCCAAGCGCAUCCUUCUGAAUAUCGGAGAGCAGGUGAGCUGGUACGAAGGAUGACGUCGUUGUCAUGCGCAAGGCAUCUUACAAAACCAUUUCACGUCACCUCACAUAGCACGCACCCUACGACUGGGGACCUAGCGCCGGCAUCGUCGAGACGCAAAUCCUUCGCGCGGGCAGAGUCUUCAUUCUUGUCGUGCCGGGCGAAUUCACCACGAUGGCCGGCAGGCGUAUCAAGGACCGUGUGCGCGACAGCAUACGCGUCCUGGGCAUCGAGGACGAACCCAUCGUUCUGCUGACCGGUCCAGCCAACACUUACGGUCACUGUAAGUCUACACAAGGGCGAUGUCGGCACAUGGAUAGAUGUACUGACAUGCUCUCCCAUUGCAGAUGUGACGACCAUCGAAGAGUAUGCGGCGCAAAGAUACGAAGGCGGCUCGACGCUGUUUGGGCCACACACGCUAGAGGUGGGUAGUGUCGAUGUGCUCUAGUGAUUGCGACCGCGCCUGCGCUGACCACCACCACCCGAGCUCGCUUAGGCUUAUAUCCAUAUCUACGCCAACGUCUUGGUGCCUGCUCUCACUAACGACGAUGCUGCGGGCAUGAUCCCGCCCGGAGAACUUGCACCGAGCAACAUUGGACGAGCAUUCAAGAUGGGGGAGAAGCGGGUGGUCUACGAUGCUGUGAGUAGCAUGGUCGGAGGGGGCAAGAGCAAGCUCGCAUGUGCUAAAGAGACGAUUCGCUCUCAGGCACCUUUUGGCAAAAGCAUUGGAGAUGUGACUGUUCAGCCAGAAGCGCAGUACGAGCUAUCCUCUCGUCCAUCUAUCACUGCUCGAUUUGCAGGAGCCAAUCCGCGCAACGACUUGCGCACAGAAGGCACCUUUCUCGAGGUCCAACAGCAGCUGGGCGCAUCGUGGAGGACACACCGCACAGACGCGCACCCAUCGACGAUCUUCAGGUGGAGAAGAACGAACAGCGUGAGGGGCAGCAGCUCGGUGGAAAUCGUGUGGAAGCCCGAUCAGACGGAUGCUCUGGGCGUCUAUCGUCUCGUAUAUCGCGGAAACGCCAAGCAACCGUUUACGGGCAAGAUUCGAGAAGUGGAAGGCAUCACGGAUGAAUUCAGACUCGUCUGA